AUGCCGACUCAAGAUGGUCUAACGCAUACUAAAACCUAUCUUCCAAAGUCUAUGACAGCCCAUCUGCCACAAACACGCAACGAUGAGGCUUGGGGUGCCCAAAUGCGCACUCACUACACCGUCGAGGAGAAUAAUGACAAACUGCCGGCCAAUCUCGAACUGCUUGAGGCAGAACGCGAGAAAAGGAAAAAGAACUAUGCUCAAAUCGCCCACGAGUACGCCUUCCUUCACACCAAACUACAUGACGCUCAAAGCUCAUACGUGCACAGCUAUUACGAGUUGGUCACCCUUAACCUCGAGUUUGCAUGGAACAAGAAAUUCCAUUUUGCCCCGUUCCUCGAUGACAAACAGUCGAUCCGAGAGGCCUUGGCUGCACAUGAUCAUUACCAAUUCAUGACCAUGGGAGUCAAGCCAGGUAUGCGAGGUUUGGACGCUGGUUGUGGUAUUGGCGAACCUGCACGUCAGUAUGCGGCAUGGGCCGACGUCCAUGUCACCGGUGUCACUAUUACCGAAUACCAAGUCGAACGUGCAAACAUGUACGCUGAAACCCAAGGUAUUUCAAACAAGGUUGAAAACUGCCCUUUCCCUGACAACACUUUUGACUUUGCCUAUGCUCAGGAAGCCACCUGUCAUGCCCCAGAAUUGCGCGAUGUCUAUGCCGAGAUCUGUCGUGUUCUCAAGCCCGGCGGUGUCGUUGGUAUAGGUGAAUGGUGCUUGACCGACAAGUUCGACCCCAAGAACUUGCAGCACCUCGACGUACGCCGCCGAAUCGAACGUGGUGACGGUAUCGCCAACAUGAAGACCACCAAGGAAGCCAUGGCCGAAUUUGAAUUUGCCGGUUUCGAGGUCACUCAUGUGGAAGAUCAUGCACUCAAGGGCUUGCAGAGUCGUCCUUGGUGGAUCCCUCUAGACGGAGAUACUUCAAAGUUUCCCGAUCGGAGCGAUUGGUGGAUGGUGCUUUGGCUCAAGCCUGCGGUGUGGAAAGCGGUAAAGGCUUGGGUCUGGUUCAAGGGCAAGAUUGGCAUGUUUAGCAAGGUCGAUGCCGACUCUCUGCUUGAGGCACUCAACACACAGGGACAAUCCGUAUGGGGCCUGAGAGAUGGUGGCAAAUAUGGUAUGUCCUCUGCUUUGCUGUGA